AAACUGGAAUUCACUCUAAUUACUACCACCCGCAUAGGCAGUAUCUCUAGAGCAUGUUGCUUUUCUGGUGACGAUAUAAUAUAUCAGAUGAAACCUCUUACUGAGGAUGACUCCGAAAGACUCUUCUACAAAAGAAUAUUUCCUCAAGGAAGUAAGUGUCCUGCUGAAUUGGAGUCAUUAUCUAAGGCAAUCUUAAAGAAAUGUGGUGGAGUACCACUAGCCAUCAUCACUAUUGCUAGUAUUUUAGCUAGCAAUGGUCGAGAUCAACACAUAAAGCCAAAGUAUCAUUGGGACAACAUACUUGGUUCUAUUGGUCGUGGACUUGCAGAAGGUGGUAGUGGGAAGGACAUGCAGAGAAUAUUGUCCUUUAGUUAUUACGAUUUACCUUCCCAUUUGAAGACUUGUUUGUUAUAUCUCAGUAUAUUUCCAGAGGAUUUUGAGAUAAGGAGAGACCGGUUAAUAUGGAUGUGGAUAGCCGAAGGGUUUGUGCAAGGUGGAAAACAAGGAACUGCAUUAUUUGAGCUCGGAGAGAGUUACUUCAACGAGCUCGCAAAUAGAAACUUGAUUCAACCUGUACAUGUUAAUGCUGCAGGCAAGGUUGAAGCUUGUCGCGUGCAUGAUAUGGUGCUUGAUCUGUUGUGUUCCCUGUCCAGUGAACAAAACUUUGCUACAAUAUUAGAUGGUAGUGGUACACAGCAAAGCAAAUCUAUUUCACACAGAAAGAGUCGCAGAUUAUCUUUUCAAAAUAGCAUGUCAGAGCCCAGCACCAAUCUGGUUGAUGCCACAAGUAUGCCACAAGUGAGGUCUGUUGUUCUCUUUAAAGCAGAUAUUGAUCUAAUCCAGAAUAUUUCAUGCUUUCAAGUUUUACGUGUAUUGGAUUUAGAAGGUUGUGAUUUUGGGAGAAACCCCGACGAUGUUGAUCUCAGGUAUAUUAAGAAUUUAUUACACCUAAGGUAUCUGGGGCUAAGAAGAACUCAUGUUCGUGAGCUCCCUGUGGAAAUAGGAAAACUACAGUUUUUGGAGACACUCGACUUAGCAGAUAAUGGAUCAAGUGUAGCAGUGAUUCCGUCAAGUGUUGUCCGUCUAAGACGUUUGAUGUUCCUAGAUGUAGCCAAUUCAGUGUUGCCAGCUGGGAUCGGGAACCUGACGUCCUUAGAAGAGCUGAAAGGAAAAUUGGUGGAUGUGAAAGAGCUAGGGCAACUGGUCGAGCUGAGAGUGCUCUAUCUUUUUUGGAAUGGGAACGAUGAGAGCAUGUGUAAUUCUUUGGUGGUGUCUCUGGGCAAGCUGCGGAAAAUGCAGCGUCUGACAAUUUACGGUGUAGGGAAUGCAAGGUCUGAUGUCAGCAGGGAUGGUUGGGUGCCCACCCCACAGCUUCGAUACCUUUGGUUUAUUAGAUGCACCACCAGAUUGCCUAGGUGGGUUAAUUCAUCAUCGUUUCCCCUCCUCUCCUCCAUGGGAAUUUCAGUGGACAGGUUGCAGCCAGAAGUUGACAUUCAGAUCCUCGGGAAGCUUCCUGCUCUUCGUUCUCUCUGGCUGUGGACCAGCCAAGCUCAGCCCACUCAUGUCGAAACGUUCGUCGUUGGCGCUAAUGCAUUCCCAUGUCUGAGAGAGUGCCGCUUCUUCAAUUUUCACGCGGUGCCAUCCAUGUUUCCACGUGGAGCUAUGCCAAGGCUUGAAAUCAUGCACUUCACAGCCCGAGCGUCAGAUAUUGCCGGUGGUGACCUGUCUGUCGGCAUGGGGCACCUCCCUUCCCUCCAGCAAGUCACGGUUUGCCUUUGGGUUGAGAAAGGCAGCACUUCAGAUAAGUGCAACGAGGAAGCGGACGCUGUGCUGAGGCAUGCAGUGGACACCCAUCCCAACCGUCCCACUCUUCAAACCUAUCAAUCAACUCGUUAUCUAUAAUGGCGAGGAGGAUUGUUGGUUGUCUUCUUCGCCGAACCAGGCCACCCCGAUCGCGCAAGUCCUGCAGAAUCCACCUCCCUCGAGCUGGACCUCGCAGAACGAGACAAGGUGCACGCCGCAAGAACAAGACGGGGACAAGACGAGACGAGGCCACCGCUGCCAUGAUGCCGGCGUAUCCUUCUCCCCUGGCAAGCUGGCUUACUUCCCCUCCUGCCCCCGGGGUUCUUGCCAACACGCGUAUAAGCCAGUGCCUCCGUCCGCCAAGCACGCCCCUCCCAGGCGAGCUCGCCAAACCAAGGUUUUGGAUCCCGAGUGAACCUUUUUUCUCGUGGGGCACCGGAAUUUGCGGUUACCACGGUAACCACGAAAUUCCGGAAAAAUUUCGCACGAAAUUUCAAAUCAAAUUUUGAAUUCAAUUUUUUUUGGAAGUAGAUAUAGAUAGGUUUAUCAGUCCAAAAUAUCACUAACUCUUCUUUGGCCUAGUGGCUAUUCGGCAGCAGCUACCAUCUGUGCAGAAUUCCCAAGUUCGAACCCUGUUCGCCCCACAAUUUAGUAGUGUUUUUUAACUUUUGCAUCCUCAAAAAGAACCCGCGUCUAGCAGCUUACAAAAGGUUGGCUUUACCACUAGGCCGCAAGUAGCUCUACGGUUGGAUAAGAGAUGACCUGUAUUUAACUCUGCUGUGAGCGUUUGAAUUCAAAAUUUUCAAAUUAUUCGA